AUGGCCCCCCGCAAAAGAGGAGGCGGUGGGAGCCGCGGAGGCCUCUCCUUCAUCUUCUGCUGCUUCAACAGCAGCAGUGACCAUCCAGAGAUCACCUACAGGCUGAGGGAGGACUUCGCUCUGCAGACCAUGGAGCCCGCUUUGCCCAUGCCUGGAUAUGACGAACUGGAUGGCAUGUUCUCCGAGCUCGUGGACGAGCUCGACCUGUCAGAGAAGCACAGAGAGGCCAUGUUCGCGCUCCCAGCAGAGAAGAAAUGGCAGAUCUACUGUAGCAAAAAGAAGGAACAAGAAGAAAACAAAAGUGCGACCAGUUGGCCAGAGUACUACAUCGAUCAGCUCAACUCAAUGGCAGCUAGAAAGACUCUUUUGGCUCUGGAGAAGGAGGACGAGGAGGAGAGGAACAAAACAAUAGAGAGUUUAAAAACAGCUCUGAGGACGCAGCCCAUGAGGUUUGUGACGCGCUUCAUCGACCUGGACGGCCUCACGUGUAUCCUGAACUUCCUGAAGACCAUGGACUAUGAGACCACCGAGUCCCAGAUCCACACGUCGCUCAUCGGCUGCAUCAAGGCGCUGAUGAACAACUCCCAGGGCCGCGCCCACGUCCUGUCUCACUGCGAGAGCAUCAACAUCAUCGCCCAGAGCCUCGCCACCGACAACAUCAAGACCAAAGUGGCUGUGUUGGAAAUCAUGGGGGCCGUGUGUCUGGUGCCGGGGGGUCACAAGAAGAUCCUGCAGGCCAUGCUGCACUACCAGCGCUUCGCCAGUGAGAGGACGCGCUUCCAGUCGCUUAUAAAUGAACUGGACCGGAGUACGGGCCGAUACAGGGACGAGGUCAACCUGAAAACAGCCAUCAUGUCUUUUAUUAACGCCGUGCUGAGUCAAGGGGCAGGAGAGACAAGCUUAGAAUUCCGUAUUCAUCUUCGGUACGAGUUUCUGAUGCUGGGAAUUCAACCGGUGAUCGACAAGCUUCGCUUGCAUGAAAACUCCACGUUAGACAGACAUUUAGAUUAUUUUGAGAUGCUGCGGAAUGACGACGAGUUGGCGAUAUCCAAACGAUUUGAGUCGGUUCAUAUAGACACAAAAAGCGCCACGCAAGUUUUCGACCUGAUUCGAAAGAAGAUGAAUCACACAGACGCAUAUCCGCACUUUAUGUCUGUCCUGCACCACUGCCUCCUGAUGCCUCACAAGAGGAGCGGGAACACGGUGCAGUACUGGCUUCUUCUGGACCGGAUUGUGCAGCAGAUGGUCCUGCAGAACGACAAGGGCCACGACCCCGACGUCACACCCCUCGAGAAUUUCAACGUGAAGAACGUGGUCCGGAUGCUGGUGAACGAAAACGAAGUGAAACAGUGGAAAGAGCAGGCUGAGAAGAUGAGGAAAGAGCACCACGAGCUGCAGCAGAAGUUCGAGAAGAAAGAGCGUGAAUGUGACGCCAAGACCCAGGAGAAGGAGGAGAUGAUGCAGACGCUCAACAAGAUGAAAGAGAAGCUGGAGAAGGAAAGCACGGAGCACAAAAACGUCAAGCAGCAAGUGUCGGAGCUGACUGCGCGUCUGCACGAGCUCAGCCUCAGACAGGCCACCAUGGUACCUGGAGGACCCCCCCUCACCCCAGGACCACCCGGAGGACCUGUGCCCCCUCCACCACUUCCACCGUUUGGAGGCAUGUGCCCACCGCCUCCCCCUCCUCCUCCACCAGGGGGCAUGCCUCCUCCCCCUCCCCCACCACCUCCUCCUGGUGGACCUCCUCCUCCCCCCGGACGCCCACCCAUCGGAGGAGGCAUCCCCCCACCGCCUGGAGCCCCGCUGGGACCAUCCCUCCAGAAGAAGAACAUUCCCCAGCCGACCAACGCGCUCAAAUCCUUCAACUGGUCCAAGCUGGCGGAGAAUAAACUGGAGGGGACGGUCUGGAUGGAAGUGGACGACGCAAGGGUCUUUAAAAUACUCGAUUUGGAAGAUAUUGAAAAGACCUUCUCAGCCUAUCAGAGACAACAGGACUUCUUUACGAUCAAUAACAUCAAACAGAAAGAGGCUGAGGAUGACACACUCGGUGCUAAAAAAGUCAAAGAGCUGUCUGUUAUCGAUGGCCGUAGAGCCCAAAACUGCAACAUUCUGCUUUCGAGACUGAAGCUUUCAAACGAAGAGAUCAAGAGAGCAAUCCUGACCAUGGACGAGCAGGAGGACCUCCCUAAAGAUAUGCUGGAGCAGCUGCUCAAGUUUGUCCCAGAGAAGAGUGAUGUGGAUCUGCUGGAGGAGCACAAACACGACCUGGACCGAAUGGCCAAAGCCGACCGCUUUCUUUAUGAGAUGAGCAGGAUAAGCCAUUACCAGCAGAGACUUCAAUCAUUAUACUUUAAGAAGAAGUUUGCAGAGAGGAUAGCGGAAAUCAAACCCAAAGUGGAAGCCCUGACCAGAGCAUCAAAGGAGAUCUUGCACAGUAGGAAUCUGAAGCAGCUGCUGGAGGUGGUGCUGGCGUUUGGAAACUACAUGAACAAAGGCCAAAGAGGGAACGCGUACGGCUUCAAAGUGUCCUCCCUCAAUAAGAUCGCAGACACCAAAUCCAGCAUCGACAAGAACAUCACACUCCUUCACUAUUUGAUAACCAUCCUGGAGAAGAAGUAUCCCAAAGUGCUGAUGUUCCAAGAGGACCUCAAAAGCAUUCCAGAGGCAGCCAAAGUCAACAUGACUGAGUUGGAGAAGGACAUCGGGAACUUGCGGAGUGGCCUGAAGAGCGUAGAAAGCGAGCUAGAAUACCAGAAGAAGCGACCACAAGAGCUGGGCGACAAGUUUGUGUCUGUGGUGAGCCAGUUCAUCACGGUGGCCAGUUUCAGCUUCUCCGACGUGGAAGACUCGCUCGCCGAGGCCAAGGAGCUGUUCGUCCGGGCCGUAAAGCACUUUGGAGAGGAAGCCGUGAAGAUGCAGCCGGAUGAGUUCUUUGGCAUCUUUGACCAAUUCGUGCAAUCGUUCAGCGAAGCUCAACAGGAGAACGAGAACAUGAGGAAACGCAAAGAGGAGGAGGAGCGCAGGGCCAAGAUGGAGGCUCAGCUUAAAGAACAGCGGGACAAGGAGCGAAAGGCGCGGAAAGCAAAAGCCAACGGCGAAGACGACGGAGGAGAGUUUGACGACCUGGUGUCGGCUCUGAGAUCGGGAGAAGUGUUCGACAAAGACUUGUCCAAAAUGAAACGAAACCGAAAACGCAUAAACAGCCAAAACACGGACUCCAGAGAACGGCCCAUCACCAAACUCAACUUCUAA